AUGGAAGAUGCAGACCUUAUUGCUCGGGUGUACGCCGUUCCGCAUGACCAACGGCACGCCUCAACGUCGAUCAAGUCGAGUUCACGCUACGUUGCCCCCGCGAAUUAUGGCGAGCACCAGGUCGAACACGGGCGCCACAAUCGAGCUGCGACGGAGCCACCGGAAGAGAGCAACGUUCCAGCGCACCGAAACAUGCCCCGCCUCGAAAUCAAGUUCAGCGACAUACCACGAACCAGUCAUGGUAUUGUCUUCGGAUGCGACCCGGACAGCGAUGUUGUUCUUCCUAAUCUCAAGGGCAUCAGCAAGCAUCACUUCAGUUUGACCUUUGACGAUGCCAAUCGGCUCAUUGUCAGAGACUGGGGCUCUUUAUUGGGGACCGAGGUCACAUACGACGCACAAGGGCAUGGUAAGCGAAGCAAUUUCCGAUGGAUCGUCGGCGGGGAUCGGAACCCUGAGGAGAAGACAAGCAUCCUUAUCAAAGUCCAUGGCACUGUUGAGUUCCAGGUUGUCGCCGCCAAGCACGAUGUAAAAUCGCCACAGUACAUCGACAACGUGCACCGGUUCCGUCAAGGCACAGCAACAGCGGAAGACCUCUUCUCUGAUCUUGAUCUUCCGUGCCGAGCAGACACGGAGCUGCCUACCGGAGCCCAUACUCCCAACAGAGGGGAAAUCCACCUACGAAAGGAGAUCGGUGAAGGGUCCUAUGGCGUUGUGACACAUUUCUGGAACGUCAGUGAUGGGAGCGAGUACGCUCUGAAGGAGCCUCCUGCAAGGGCUAUUCGAAAGCGUCUGGUCAAUUACGAUGAGUGGCGUAAGGAGGCUCGCAUCAUGAGCCAGAUAUCGCAUGUCCGUAUGCCUCCACCACUAAUGUGCUACUGUCCUGACCAUCAAGCAGCCCCACAUCGUACGGCUUCUUAA